CAACUAUAAUGAGAUAAAGUAAAAAAUAUCAAAUUGCAUGGCACGCCCUUUCAAAUUUCAUUCCUAUAUAUUCUGGUGCAUGCUUAAUCAACUUAGAAGGCGAUCUGGUAAAAAUGAGUUCCUUCCUGAUCUUUCCUUGGCUGUUCCUGUUUCAUGAAAUAUGUUUAACUGCAUCAGGAACGACAACUAUUGCAGAAACUACUGGACCAGCAAUGUUUGCACAAACUACUGGAAUCCAUGAAUGUGGCAAUACUUUCUCAAAUCCAUCUCAGUCGUUUUCUGGCCCGUAUUACAAUGGUGAUGGAAGCAUCAUGCAGUGUCUCUGGACAAUCCAUUCCUAUGAUUUUAGCCCUAUAGUGCUAACUCUUGAUUAUUUGAAUUUGGACUGUAUUCAUGAAUAUGUUCAUGUCUACGACGGAAAGGUUUAUCAAUCAGCACUACUUGGGAAUAUAUGCAGUGGCUGGGGUUGGGUAUUCACUUCCUAUACAGGCACUAUGACAGUUCUGCUCCACAGACAGUCUUAUUCCUCAGGCACUGGCUUUUUUGCCUAUUACGAUAUAGCAGAAUUAACCACAGGACUCCCACAAAUUAACGAAGUUCCUACAACGGAAUCAGCAGUCUCACCCAGAGCUUCCAGAGAACCUCAUACAACAGAAGUUCCUACAAGUGAGCCAGCAGUUUCACCCAGAGAUCCCCCCAUGAGACUGGUCGGUGGGAACAACAGAUGUGAAGGACGCGUGGAACUCAACUACAGAGGAAGCUGGGGGACAGUCUGUGAUGAUGGCUGGGACUUAAAUGAUGCGCAGGUUGUUUGCAGAAAGCUUGGAUGUGGAUUGGCUUUGUCAGCACCAGGAAAUGCCCCUUUUGGCCAAGGAUCUGGCCAGAUUCUCCUGGAUGAUGUAAACUGCAGAGGGAAUGAAACUUCUCUGGAGCUGUGCUUCCAUCGGGGAUGGGGAAGUCACAACUGUGGUCAUAAUGAAGACGCUGGUGUCAUCUGCUCAGCUUCCAGAGAACCUCAUACAACAGAAGUUCCUACAAGUGAGCCAGCAGUUUCACCCAGAGAUCCCCCCAUGAGACUGGUCGGUGGGAACAACAGAUGUGAAGGACGCGUGGAACUCAACUACAGAGGAAGCUGGGGGACAGUCUGUGAUGAUGGCUGGGACUUAAAUGAUGCGCAGGUUGUCUGCAGAAAGCUUGGAUGUGGAUUGGCUUUGUCAGCACCAGGAAGUGCCCGUUUUGGCCAAGGCCCUGGACAGAUUCUCCUGGAUGAUGUAAACUGCAGAGGGAAUGAAACUUCUCUGGAGCUGUGCUCCCAUCGGGGGUGGGGAAGUCACAAUUGUGGUCAUAAUGAAGACGCUGGUGUCAUCUGCUCAGAAGUUCCUACAACGGAAUCAGCAGUCUCACCCAGAGAUCCCCCCAUGAGACUGGUCGGUGGGAACAACAGAUGUGAAGGACGUGUGGAACUCAACUACAGAGGAAGCUGGGGGACAGUCUGUGAUGAUGGCUGGGACUUAAAUGAUGCGCAGGUUGUCUGCAGAAAGCUUGGAUGUGGAUUGGCUUUGUCAGCACCAGGAAAUGCCCCUUUUGGCCAAGGAUCUGGCCAGAUUCUCCUGGAUGAUGUAAACUGCAGAGGGAAUGAAACUUCUCUGGAGCUGUGCUUCCAUCGGGGAUGGGGAAGUCACAACUGUGGUCAUAAUGAAGACGCUGGUGUCAUCUGCUCAGCUUCCAGAGAACCUCAUACAACAGAAGUUCCUACAACGGAAUCAGCAGUCUCACCCAGAGAUCCCCCCAUGAGACUGGUCGGUGGGAACAACAGAUGUGAAGGACGCGUGGAACUCAACUACAGAGGAAGCUGGGGGACAGUCUGUGAUGAUGGCUGGGACUUAAAUGAUGCGCAGGUUGUCUGCAGAAAGCUUGGAUGUGGAUUGGCUUUGUCAGCACCAGGAAGUGCCCCUUUUGGCCAAGGAUCUGGCCAGAUUCUCCUGGAUGAUGUAAACUGCAGAGGGAAUGAAACUUCUCUGGAGCUGUGCUUCCAUCGGGGAUGGGGAAGUCACAACUGUGGUCAUAAUGAAGACGCUGGUGUCAUCUGCUCAGCUUCCAGAAGACCUAAUGCCACAGAAGAAGUUCCUACAAGUGAGCCAGCAGUUUCACCCAGAGAUGCUUCCAUGAGACUGGUCGGUGGGAACAACACAUGUGAAGGACGCGUGGAACUCAACUACAGAGGAAGCUGGGGGACAGUCUGUGAUGAUGGCUGGGACUUAAAUGAUGCGCAGGUUGUCUGCAGAAAGCUUGGAUGUGGAUUGGCUUUGUCAGCACCAGGAAGUGCCCGUUUUGGCCAAGGCCCUGGACAGAUUCUCCUGGAUGAUGUAAACUGCAGAGGGAAUGAACCUUCUCUGGAGCUGUGCUCCCAUCGGGGGUGGGGAAGUCACAACUGUGGUCAUCAUGAAGACGCUGGUGUCAUAUGCUCAGGAACUGAUGCUUCGUUGAGACUGGUCAAUGGAACCAACAGAUGUGAAGGCCGGCUUGAAGUCUACCACCAAGGAAACUGGGGGACAGUCUGUGAUGAUGAUUGGGACAUAAACGAUGCACAGGUCGUCUGCAGACAGCUUGGGUGCGGAUUGGCUCUAUCGGCAAGAGGAAGUGCCUAUUUUGGCCAAGGCACUGACAAUAUUCUCCUGGACGAUGUGAGGUGCAGAGGGAAUGAAAUUUCUCUUGAGCAGUGCUCCCACAGAGGAUGGCAAAUCCAUAACUGUGUCCAUGUAGAAGAUGCUGGUGUGGUCUGUUCAGAUGGAUCCUUGAGACUGGUCAAUGGAACCAACAGAUGUGAAGGUCGCCUUGAAGUAUACCACAGAGGAAAUUGGGGGACAGUCUGUGAUUAUGGUUGGGACAUAAAUGAUGCACACGUUGUCUGCAGACAAAUUGGAUGUGGAUGGGCUCUGUCAGCUACAAAAGGAACCCGUUUUGGCCCAGGCUCUGGCAAUAUUCUUUUCAGUGAUGUUCAGUGUGGAGGAUAUGAAUCUUCUUUUGUGUAUUGCCCCCGUCACAAUUGGGAAAUUCAUAAUUGUGGCCAUCAGGAUAUUGCUGGAGUCAUUUGCACAGGAUUGUUCAAAGAUGCUGUAUUGAGACUGGUCAAUGGAACCAACAGAUGUGAAGGCCGUCUUGAAGUGUACUACAGAGGAAGUUGGGGGACCGUCUGUGAUGAUGGUUGGGACAUAAAUGAUGCACACGUGGUCUGUGGACAGGCUCAGUGUGGCCGGGCUCUAUUAGCUGCAACAAACGCCCGUUUUGGCCAAGGCUCUGGAAAUAUUCUCCUGGAUGAUGUGCAGUGCAGAGGAAUUGAAACUUCUCUUGAGCAGUGCCCCCACUCAGGGUGGGAAACCCAUAAAUGUAGCCAUCAGAAAGAUGCUGGUGUCAUCUGCACAGGACCUCUCUUACGGUUGGUUAAUGGAAACAACAGGUGUGAAGGUCGCCUUGAAGUAUAUCAUGAUAGAACCUGGGGGACUGUCUGUGAUGAUCUUUGGAGCAUGAAUGAUGCACAUGUUGUCUGCAGAGAGCUUGGAUGUGGACCAGCUCUGUCAGCACCAGGAAGUGCCCGUUUUGGUGAAGGCUCAGGCAACAUCCACCUGGACAAUGUGGAGUGCACAGGAAGCGAAUCUUCCCUGCUUCAGUGUUCUCACGCAGGUUGGGGGACACAUAACUGUGGUCAUCGUGAAGAUGCCAGUGUCACCUGCUCAGGUAUUCCUAGGCUGGAACAUGCCUUGCGGUUAGUUAAUGGAAGGAACAGAUGUGAAGGUCGCCUUGAAGUAUAUCAUGACAGAAGCUGGGGGACUGUCUGUGAUGAUAUUUGGAGCCUGAAUCAUGCACACGUUGUCUGCAGUGAGAUUGGUUGUGGACCAGCUCUUUCGGCACCAGGAAGUGCACACUUUGGUGAAGGCUCAGGCCACAUCCACCUGGACGAUGUACGGUGCAGAGGAAAAGAAUCUUCCCUGCUCCAUUGUUCUCAUACAGGUUGGGGAACACAUAACUGUAACCACCGUGAAGAUGCCAGUGUCAUCUGCUCAGGUAUUCUAGACUAGGAUUCCUUGCGAUUAGUUAAUGGAAGAAACAGGUGUGAAGGCCGCCUUGAAGUAUAUCAUGAUAGAACCUGGGGGACUGUCUGUGAUGAUCUUUGGAGCCUGAAUCAUGCACACAUUGUCUGCAGAGAGAUUGGAUGUGGACCAGCUCUGACAGCACCAGGAAGUGCCCGUUUUGGUGAAGGCGCAGGCAACAUCCACCUGGACAAUGUGCAGUGCACAGGAAAUGAAUUUUCCCUGCUUCACUGUUCUCACAGAGGUUGGGGAACACAUGACUGUGGUCAUCAUGAAGAUGCCAGUGUCAUCUGCUCAGGUAUUCCUAGGCUAGAAACACCCUUGCGAUUGGUUAAUGGAGGUACCAAGUGUGAAGGUCGUCUUGAAGUAUAUCAUGAUAGAACCUGGGGGACUGUCUGUGAUGAUAUUUGGAACCUGAAUCAUGCACAUGUUGUCUGCAGAGAGCUUGGAUGUGGACCAGCUCUGUCAGCACCAGGAAGUGCCCGUUUUGGUGAAGGCUCAGGCAACAUCCUCCUGGACGAUGUACAGUGCACAGGAAGCGAAUCUUCCCUGCUUCAGUGUUCUCACAGAGGUUGGGGGACACAUAACUGUAACCAUGUUGAAGAUGCCAGUGUCAUUUGCUCAGGUAUUACUUAAGAACUCUUGCCGAAAUAAUCAACAUAUUUUUGACUUGUUUUACAAUAAGAAAUACCUUUUUUAAAUAUUUCCAAUUUAGCUGCUUUAAGAUUAGCUAAUGGAGGCAACAGAUGUGAAGGUCGCCUUGAGGUAUAUCGUAAUGGCAGCUGGGGAACAGUCUGUGAUGAUCUUUGGAGCAUGAAUGAUGCACAAGUGGUCUGCAGAGAGCUUGGAUGUGGACCAGCUCAGUCAGCACCAGGAAGUGCCCGUUUUGGUCAAGGCUCGGGCAACAUCCUCCUGGACAAUGUGGAGUGCACAGGAAAUGAACCUUCCCUGAUUCACUGUUCUCACAGAGGUUGGGGAACACAUGACUGUGGUCAUCAUGAAGAUGCCAGUGUCAUCUGCUCAGGUAUUUCUAGGCUGGAACAUUCCUUGCGUUUGGUUAAUGGAGGCAGCAAAUGUGAAGGUCGUCUUGAAGUAUAUCAUAAUGGCAACUGGGGGACUGUCUGUGAUGAUCUUUGGAGCAUGAAUGAUGUGCAAGUGGUCUGCAGAGAGCUUGGAUGUGGACCAGCUCAGUCAGCACCAGGAAGCGCCCAUUUUGGUCAAGGCUCAGGCAACAUUCUCCUGGACAAUGUGGAGUGCACAGGAAAUGAACCUUCCCUGCUUCAUUGUUCUCAUGCAGGUUGGGGAACACAUAACUGUGGUCAUCAUGAAGAUGCCAGUGUCAUCUGCUCAGGACCCAACACAAGCUGACAGUUGCGUUUAGUGAAUGGAUGGAACAGGUGUGUUGGGAGAGUUGAAGUCAACUACGAAGGAACUUGGGGGACUGUUUGUGAUGACAACUUUGAUAAGAAAAAUGCACACGUAGUGUGCAGACAACUUGAGUGUGGAGAGGCAACCACGGUGUAUGGAUGGUCUUAUUUUGGCCGAGGAUCUGGACCCAUACUCCUGGACGAUGUGAACUGCACAGGAAGUGAACUCCACCUCUGGGACUGUCCUCAUGCUACAUGGUUGGUAAAUGACUGUGGGCACAAUGAAGACAUCAGCGUCGUCUGCUCAGAGGCUGGAAAUCAACCAACAGGUUACUUGCCUGUCCAGUUGGUCGGUGGACGCUCAAACUGUGAAGGCCGCGUUGAAGUGUAUUCUGACGGGCAAUGGGGAACAGUGUGUGAUGACACCUGGAAUGAAAGAGGUGCAGCUGUUGUAUGCCAGCAACUUGGUUGCGGUGAAGCCGUCUCGGCUCUGGGAGGUGCUUUUUUUGGCCCAGGCACAGGAGAUAUUGUUCUGGAUAAUGUGGAUUGCGAUGGAAAUGAGACAAGUCUGGGAGAAUGCUACCAUCAAGGAUUUUAUAAUAAUAACUGCAAUCACAGUGAAGAUGCGGGUGUUAUUUGUUCAGCUCACACGUAUUCUACAACACCAGAAGGAACCACUGCAACAUUGUUGACAACAGAAGGAACCACCCAAACAAUAAGCACAACUGAGGAAACUGUUACUCCUGAGAUCCCAACCACAACUCAAGAAAGUACACAACAGUCUGGGGAAAUUACUCUUACCUCUGUGCAGGAGAUUUCGCCAUCAGGAACAUCAGCAAAUCCUUUCUCCCUAAGACUGGUGAAUGGAGAGAACAGCUGUCAGGGUCGUGUUGAGGUCUACCAUAAUGGGGAGUGGGGAACCGUCUGUGAUGAUGAUUGGGACAUUAAUGAUGCUCGCGUUGUCUGCAAAGAAGUUGGUUGUGGAGAAGCCACUUCAGCUCCACUUAGUGCCUACUUUGACCAAGGAUCUGGCAGCAUCCUCCUGGAUGCAGUACAGUGCAAAGGGAAUGAAACUUCUCUUAAGGACUGCUCCCAUAAGGGAUGGGGGGUUCAUGACUGCAAACAUAAGGAAGAUGCCAGCGUCAUCUGCUCAGAACCUCUAACCACCACAGAAGUACCCACCACAGCUGAACCUAUAACCACUACAGUAGAACCCGUCACAUCUGGAACUUCACCACCUCAAUCUACCAUACAGAGUAUCACAACAGGAACUCCACCACCUCAAUCUACUGAACAGAGUGUUACAACAGCGAAUUCUCCUUUGGAAACAUCAGCAAGCCCUUUCUCCCUAAGACUGGUGAAUGGAGAGAACAACUGUCAGGGUCGCCUUGAAGUCUACCAUGAUGGGGAGUGGGGGACCGUCUGUGAUGAUGAUUGGGACCUGAAGGAUGCUCAGGUUGUGUGCCAACAACUUGGUUGCGGAGAAGCCACUGCAGCCCCACUAAGUGCCUUCUUUGGCCGAGGCUCUGGCAGCAUCCUCCUGAAUGCAGUACAGUGUGAAGGGACUGAAUCUUCUUUUGAGGACUGUUCUCAUAAUGGAUGGGGAGUCCAUGACUGCAAACAUAAGGAAGAUGCCAGUGUUAUCUGCUCAGGACCUCUAACUACCACAGAAACACCCAUUACAUCUGGAACUCCACCACCACAAUCUACAGAACAGAGGGUGACAACUGAGAUUUCACCAUCAGGAACAUCAGCAAGCCCUUUCUCCCUAAGACUGGUGAAUGGAGAGAACAGCUGUCAGGGUCGUGUUGAAGUCUACCAUAAUGGGGAGUGGGGGACCGUCUGUGAUGAUGAUUGGGACCUGAAGGAUGCUCGCGUUGUCUGCAAAGAAGUUGGUUGUGGAGAAGCCACUUCAGCUCCACUAAGUGCCUACUUUGACCAAGGAUCUGGCAGCAUCCUCCUGGAUGCAGUACAGUGCGAAGGGAAUGAAACUUCUCUUAAGGACUGCUCCCAUAAGGGAUGGGGAGUCCAUGACUGCAAACAUAAGGAAGAUGCCAGCGUUAUCUGCUCAGGACCCCUCACCACCACAGAAAUACCCAUUACAUCAGCGAAUUCUCCUUUGGAAACAUCAGCAAGUCCUUUCUCCCUCAGACUGGUGAACGGAGAGAACAGCUGUCAGGGUCGCCUUGAAGUCUACCAUGAUGGGGAGUGGGGGACCGUCUGUGAUGAUGAUUGGGACCUGAAGGAUGCUCAGGUUGUGUGCCAACAACUUGGUUGCGGAGAAGCCACUGCAGCCCCACUAAGUGCCUUCUUUGGCCGAGGCUCUGGCAGCAUCCUCCUGAAUGCAGUACAGUGUGAAGGGACUGAAUCUUCUUUUGAGGACUGUUCUCAUAAUGGAUGGGGAGUCCAUGACUGCAAACAUAAGGAAGAUGCCAGCGUUAUCUGCUCAGGACCCAUCACCACCACCGAAACAGCCAUUACAUCCGGAACUCCACCACCUCAAUCUACUGAACAGAGUGUUACAACAGCGAAUUCUCCUUUGGAAACAUCAGCAAGUCCUUUCUCCCUAAGAUUGGUGAAUGGAGAGAACAGCUGUCAGGGUCGCCUUGAAGUCUACCAUGAUGGGGAGUGGGGAACUGUCUGUGAUGACGAUUGGGACAUGAAGGAUGCUCAGGUUGUGUGCCAACAACUUGGUUGCGGAGAAGCCAAUUCAGCCCCACUAAGUGCCUUCUUUGGCCGAGGCUCUGGCAGCAUCCUCCUGAAUGCAGUACAGUGUGACGGGACUGAAUCUUCUUUUGAGGACUGUUCUCAUAAUGGAUGGGGAGUCCAUGACUGCAAACAUAAGGAAGAUGCCAGCGUUAUCUGCUCAGGACCUCUUACCACCACAGAAAUACCCAUUACAUCUGAGAUUUCACCAUCAGGAACAUCAGCAAGCCCUUUCUCCCUAAGACUGGUGAAUGGAGAGAACAACUGUCAGGGUCGCCUUGAAGUCUACCAUGAUGGGACCUGGGGAACUGUCUGUGAUGACGAUUGGGACAUAAAGGAUGCUCAGGUUGUGUGCCAACAACUUGGUUGCGGAGAAGCCACUGCAGCCCCACUAAGUGCCUUCUUUGGCCGAGGCUCUGGCAGCAUCCUCCUGAAUGCAGUACAGUGUGACGGGACUGAAUCUUCUUUUGAGGACUGUUCUCAUAAUGGAUGGGGAGUCCAUGACUGCAAACAUAAGGAAGAUGCCAGUGUUAUCUGCUCAGGACCUCCAGCCACCACAGAAGCACCCAUUACAUCUGGAACUCCACCACCACCACAGUCUACAGGACAGAGCAUUACAACUGAUGAUUCUUCAUCGGGAACAACAGCAAAUUCUUUCUCCCUAAGACUGGUGAAUGGAGAGAACAGCUGUCAGGGUCGUGUUGAAGUCUACCAUAAUGGGGAGUGGGGGACCGUCUGUGAUGAUGAUUGGGACAUUAAUGAUGCUCGCGUUGUCUGCAAAGAAGUUGGUUGUGGAGAAGCCACUUCAGCUCCACUAAGUGCCUACUUUGACCAAGGAUCUGGCAGCAUCCUCCUGGAUGCAGUACAGUGCGAAGGGAAUGAAUCUUCGCUUAAGGACUGCUCCCAUAAGGGAUGGGGAGUCCAUGACUGCAAACAUAAGGAAGAUGCAAGUGUCAUUUGCUCUGCCACUCAGAGUGAGCACACUCCUGCACCUCGGCCUAGCACCAAAGCAUCCACUACUUCUGAUGGCACCGUGAGACUAGUCAAUGGACGGAACAGAUGCGAGGGACGGGUUGAAGUACUUCACAAUGGAAUUUGGGGGACAGUCUGCGACGAUGAGUGGGACUUAAGCGAUGCAAGUGUUGUGUGCAGGCAGCAGGAAUGUGGACCCGCUCGCUCAGCAACAGCAAAUGCUAUGUUUGGUGAAGGCCCAGGGCCAAUUAUUAUGGAUGAUGUCAGGUGCACGGGCAAUGAAAUCAGCUUGGGACACUGCUCCCACAGAGGCUGGGGAUUGCACAAUUGUCUCCAUAGAGAAGAUGCUGGUGUCAUCUGCUCAGUACCAACUGUGAGCACUCCUACUCCAAGACCUGCAAUUAGCAAGGAAACUACACUUUCAAAUGGAGCAUCUGUGAAACUAGUCAAUGGAAGACACAGAUGUGAAGGACGGAUUGAAGUGCUUCACAAUGGAAGGUGGGGGACGGUCUGCGACGAUGCAUGGGACUUAACUGAUGCAAGUGUCGUAUGCAGGCAGCUUGGAUGUGGACCUGUUAUCUCAGCACCUGGACAGGCUCAAUUUGGUCCUGGUUCAGGCACAAUCCAUCUGGAUGAUGUCUCCUGCGCUGGGAAUGAAUGGCACUUGGGCCAGUGCCCUCACAGAGGCUGGGGGAUACAUAAUUGCCUCCGCAGUGAAGAUGCUAGUGUCAUCUGCGCAGAACCAGUCCAGACCACACCUGCUCCGACAGAAGGGGCUGUGAAACUGGUCAAUGGAAGACAUGCAUGUGAAGGGCGGGUUGAAGUCUUUCACAACGGAAGAUGGGGGACAGUCUGUGACGAUUUGUGGGGCAUGACCCAUGCACAAGUUGUGUGCAGGAAGCUUGGAUGUGGAGAUGCUAUCUCGGCACUAGGAAAGGCUCAGUUUGGUGAAGGCCCAGGCUCAAUUCUUAUGGAUGAUGUCCGCUGCACUGGGAAUGAAGACAGCUUGAGUCAGUGCUCCCACAGAGGCUGGGGAAUACAUAAUUGUGUUCAUAGGGAAGAUGCUGGUGUCAUGUGCUCAGCAAAGGCUGCCCCCCAAGCCACCACUACAGCAGCUCCUGUGGAUGAUACAACUACAGAUCCUGUAACACUUACAUGUUUGCCCGAAUACAUGAAGGCAGUUAUUGGCAGAGAAUAUCUCACUUCAAAAGGCUGCUCUGAGUGCAAUCUGUACUUGAGUGACCAAGCCUGCAAACCUGAGACUACAAGAGACGAAUUUAUAUUCUAUAUACCAUAUGAUGGUUGCGGGACAAGGCGGGAGAACAAUGGAGGGGUUAGCAGUUUCUCCAAUACUGUCAACAGCCGUGGAACUGGUAUAAAUCCUCAGUUUAUAUUCAUCUGCAAAAUGGAACCAAGAGCCAUGAAGGAACUGACACACAACAUAGAUGAAAUGGAAUCCACGGAAGAAGGCCUAAAGCAAAGUGGAUUAUUCCAUAUGAAAUUUUUAUUUUAUGACUCACCUUCCUUCGCACGCCAAGUAGUUUCCAUGCCCUACUUUUUGAAGAUGAACCAGGACAAAAACUUCAAAGUUGAAAUCUCUAACUGUAAUCGGAGGCAAAUAUUCUUCGUAGACACCUGUUUGGCUUCGCCUAGCCCUCAUGACUUCACAACUACAACACAUACUCUAAUACAAAACGGGUGUGUUAAAGAUUAUAGCUAUGUGGGUUCUUAUAGACAGAGGGUCACCCGCUUCAGCUUUAAACCCAACUUCAAAUGGUCAACAGUUUACCUACAGUGCAAAAUUGUGGUGUGCGAUGCAUAUGACUAUAAAUCUCGAUGUUAUCAAGGCUGCCUGACCAGGCGUAAGAGAGAAAUAAGCUCUGGUCAAGAACACCUGCAAGUUAUUGGCCCAUUUAAGCUUCAUUAA